CUGAUCGAUCCGCGGGGGCGGCAACAGCACGUUCGCAGCGGCGGCAGAGACGCAGAGGAUGAGCGGCGGCGGCGAACGGGCGCGCGCCGGGAGGUGCGCGAUCGUGGUCGCCGCUCGCAGUGGCGCUCGGAGCGGCUCGGAUUCGCGGACUACGUCGGGAUGGUGAUGCGCGACGACGACGACGUCGACCUGGAGGACGCCACGCGUCAUGCCAGCAUCCUCCAGAACAAGCAGCUCAUCACCAACAACGUCAUCAACAAGCGCAAGGAGCAGUUACAACGUUGGGAAAGCAGCGAAAUGAACGGGGAGCCAACCCAUCGACGAAAGAAAGCACGUGUACAGUUUCAGGAUAGCGACAUCUUCCUCAGUGCUUGUAUGUCGGGUGAUGAGGAAGAGGUGGAGGAACUACUAGCGAAGGGUGCAGAUAUAAAUACCGCCACCGUCGAUGGGUUGACUGCUCUGCAUCAAUCAGUUAUCGAUAGUAAGCCGGACAUGGUGCGGUUUCUCUGUGAAAAAGGUGCUGAUGUGAAUGCUCAGGAUAACGAAGGCUGGACUCCCUUGCAUGCUGCAGCGUGCUGUGGAAACCUUGCUAUAGUAAACGAUAAAGAAUUAGCGUUGGACUUGGCCGACGACGAAUCGUGUAGAGAAUUCCUCGAGCAUGAUUACCGUAACCAAGGAGUGGUUCCUGAACAAUGUCGCGAUCAGGAGUUAGCUGUAAUGAUGAAAGAUGCACAGCAUUGGUUGCGCGACGGAGAAUAUCGGGAUCAGCCUCAUCGACGUACAGGGGCAACCGCUAUGCAUGUCGCCGCUGCUAAAGGUUAUACACAACUUCUUGAAAUUCUCAUCAAGGCUGGCGGGAAUAUACGUGCACGUGACAAGGAUGGAUGGACACCACUGCAUGCUGCAGCGCACUGGGCAGAACGGGAUUCCUGCAAAAUUUUGCUGGAAAAUGGUGCCAGCAUUAUGGAUAUUAAUUAUGCUGGACAAAAUGUGUUAGCCGUAGCUGAUAAAGAAGUAGUUGAGUAUUUGGAAGAUUUACAUCGAUCAGUCGAUAAGCGAAAAUCACCGUCAGCUGCGCCUACCAGUGUACUACAGGAAAAAAAUACGAAACUAUCACACGAAGAACACACUCUUUCUACUGAACAUAAGCAGGAAUUGAAACACAAGGACCAAAUUAGGUAG